AUUUUUACAAUGGAACUGUGACCUUUCUGCCUUUGGAGGAAAACAGUGAAGGAAAAUACCAGAUUAAAAAGUGCAAUAUUUAUCAAAUUCAACUUACACAAAUAAAAGAUGAGGAAUGGUCUGUGUCUACUGUAGCUCCAUUUCCAGAAGAUUGGUUUUCAGAUGGAAUUGCAUACCCCAAACUAGCAUGGCUUGGAAAUGAACUUUUGUCCAAACUGGCUAAAUGGUCUGUAGAGCAAAAGCCCAGUGAGUUUAAAAGUACACUCUCACUCAUUUCUGUAGCAAAAUACAGCAAAGUUUAUCAAGACCUUAAAGAAAAAUACAAAGAGAUGGUAAAGGUGUGGCCUGAAGUGACAGAUCCUGAGAAAUUUGUUUAUGAAGAUGUUGCCAUUGCCACUUACUUGCUGAUUCUUUGGGAAGAAGAGAGAAAGGAAAAAGGGUUGACCAAGAAACAGUCAUUUGUAGAUCUUGGAUGUGGAAAUGGUCUACUGGUUCAUAUUCUAAACAAUGAAGGGCAUUCAGGUAGAGGAAUUGAUGUGAGGAGAAGAAAAAUAUGGGACACGUAUGGACCAGAAACUCAUUUAGAGGAAUCUACAAUCAUGCCAGGUGACAGUCAUCUCUUUCCAGAUACUGACUGGCUCAUAGGAAACCAUUCAGAUGAAUUAACACCAUGGAUACCUGUAAUUGCAGCUAGGUCUUCCUAUUUGUGUUGCUACUUUGUGCUGCCAUGUUGCUUCUUUGAUUUCCAUGGAAAAUACAGCCGAAGACAAAGCAAGAAAACUCAGUACAGAGAAUAUCUUGAUUUUGUUGCCCAAGUGGGAUUUGUCUGCGGCUUUCAUGUGGAAGAAGAUUGCCUUAGAAUUCCAUCAACAAAAAGGGUGUGCCUUAUUGGAAAAAAUAGGACCUAUCCACCUACAGAAUGUGCUCUGUUUGACAAGCAGAUAACACAGUAUAUUAAUAAUCGUCAGACCUGUGCUGUGGUCAUGUGUGACAGAAGAGUUGGAUUUAAUCAUAAGGAUCACUCUGAUGGUGUAUGCAAAGGAGCAGGCUCAGAACUUCCUGAAAAUGAGACUGAUACUGCUGGUACAAUUUGGAUGCCUGGAUUUCAACCCAGAGAAAAAGUAGAACAAAUCAGAAAUUGUGCUUCCCUCCCUCGGGAUUUUGUAGAUGAUGUGGUUCUCAGUGUGGCAAACUUGCUGUUAAAUGCAACCCCACAAAAAUCAGGUUCUAAUAUGCAUGGUGAAAAUAUGAAGACCUGGAAUCAAGGAGAAAGCCUUUCCUUGAAAGAAGUGGCAGAACACUUAAAUAAAGAGACUUUAAAAAGGCUAAAGAGUGAAUAUGGAGGCCUUCAGACACUACUCAAGAACAAUCAUCAAGUAUUUGAAGUUCUAAAUGGGAGAGUUCAUAUUCGUGACUGGAGAAAAGAGAAACCAUCAAGGAAAACUAAGCCUGAAGUGAAACGCCGCCUUUCAGCUGAAGCAUUUAAAACACGUCUUUGUUGGUUUUUCAUUCAUCAUCCUGAUGGCUGUUCUUUGCCUUCUGAAUCUUGCCCAUAUGCUCAUGGGACUGAGGAGCUAAGACAGUCUCAGAUUAUUAAAAAGAAAAAACAUAUACAGUAAUAAAAUGCUGCCACUUAUGUUUAAGCUUGUGUACAUAACUGAAUCUAUGAUUGACUUUGGGACUGCCUAGUGCAUGAAGAUCAGUACAAUAUGGAGGGGUUUUCCCCAUUCCUAUGCAUCUUAUUUUCCAGUUGGUUUACAAGUUCUCCUGUAUUUUUAAUUCUUUAAAUUUUUUUAUUAACUUGGAAAAGGUAUAGUAAAAUAUACUUUUGGA